AUGACAAACACGAACGUCGAAGUGGCUUUAGAGGAGGUCGAUGAGGUAAAAGAGGGAGGAGGAGGAGGCGUCCUGGAUAACGAGCAAGUGGUCUUGGGCCGAGAGCACGCAUCAUUGUCACAUCCUAAAAUUCACCCUAUAAACUACAUAAACAAGCGUUAUGGUCUUCCUUCUGCCAAAUGUCGUUCUCUCUAUCAUCGCUUUAGCUAUCCUCAAAGUAGUGAGCAUUUCUGCCCGCCCGGUUUCAGAGAAUUCAUCGAAUCCGCGAAUGAGCGACGUUACUCUGAGCAUGUCCCCCCGAUAGGCUCUGAUACAUUCAAUCCUGGAACUCUCUCUCAUCCUGCCACCGUCGCGGUCGAUCCAUUAGAAGCAAUAUUGGAUGGAUCGGGGCUCGGGGCACUUGAUGGUCAUGAUGAAGGUUCCAGUAAUACCGAUGAGGGAGAAGGACCACUAGAUGAAAUUGCCCACCUGAAGGCGAGAACCUUCCAAAUGCCUGCAUGUCGAUGUGUCGGAACCCUCAAGUACCAGAUCACGGCCAUGCCAUGGGCUCAACAUUGCAGGAAACGGAAUGAUGACCAAUUCGGCACUGCUUGCAACGAGGACAUCUUCAGAGAACGUCUCGGAGAGGCCUGCGCAUAG